AUGGAGCCGCAGAUACCCUCGGGUCUCCACGACCCAAUGUGCAUACCCGGCAGCGAGGGAGACAUGACCAACAUCACAACUACCAAUUAUGACUUUCCCUGGAUGCUGGAAUAUACCAACAUUUUCCAAGAUGAUCCUGCGAGCGACCAGUCGGUUCUCGGUUUAGCAGCCCAAUUCCCAUUUUCAUCACUUGGGUCAGUCCAUACGCCAGGAGACGAGCAUACCUUAAAUCCUGACGGCCUAAUGUCUUCUAACCGACAAUUAAAUGACACCCGAGCAUCAGUCAUGGACGCCACGGAGGAAGAUAUCAUCACAGCCGAGAAUUUCUGCCAUGUCAGAGUUACCUUAGAAAGGCCGUACCAGGCCAUUACUGAGUGCUACAAGCGGCAGGUGGACGUCCGUUUCAAGGAAACCCCGUUUCCCAGCCAACAAGCAUUCAAUUCCUUCAUACAGUUGUACUACGAGUACUUCGACUGUCAGCUGAGUUUCAUCCACCCAUCUGUACUGGAAACGCAGGACCCGCCAUGGCUUCUCGUCCUAGCUGUCGCAUCUGUUGGCAGCCAGUAUACCCAGCUACCCGAAAAGGAACAGUACUGUGCUUUGCUAACUGAGCUCCUGCGACUAUCGCUGCCUCUUGAUAGUGUCAAAGCGCAGAAUCUUGAUCCUUUACUGCUGGCACAGUGCUCGUUGCUUGCCAUCGUCAAUUUCAUGUUUACCGGCUUCAAAGAGAACGUGAUCAACUUGCAAGUCCAACGAGCAUGGCUUGCCACUUUAGCACGGCCGUUUCUUACAUCCUCCAAGCCCGAGGGCUCAUUCCUAUGCCAGGAAAUCAACGAUUGUACGACAGGGGACCACUGGGAGCUAUGGCUUCGUUGCGAGACGGAAAGGAGACUCGCAUACUGCUACCUAGUGGUCGACAGCUUUUGCUUCAUUUUCAUGGGGAUGCCAGUGACCAUCACUGUCCAGGAUUGUCAGCAGAUACUCCCCUCUGCGGACGCCCUAUGGAGAGCACGUAAUAGCGAUGGGUGGAGGACCAUCUCGUCAACAAUAGACGCACGGACAGGGCACAGCCUCAGGGACCUCUUCAUUGGCUCCACAGCACCUGCAUCGCAAGUAUCUGACUUCGCCAAACUUUGUCAACACUUGAUGCUCUUUGUCGAGGAGCGGCAAGUGAUAGCAGCACGCCAGUCGUGGCUUCUCAAUGAUUUUCGAGGCGACCAAGACGAUAAUCCAUGGCCUCAUCAGCCACUGCACAGUAGCCUGGACUGGAGAUACCAGAUGCUGAUACCGACACGGUCAUCAACCUCAUCGUCGACAAAGGGAGUCUCAGACAUGAGAGACACAUUCUUCCAUCUCCUAUUUAUCUUACGACAUAUACCGAGGGACACCCUAUAUCGGUACUCCGGGUGGUACGCAUCCAAAGACGAUGUCUCGAGCGCACAGUCAUAUCUCCACACCUGGCUCCACCACAAUCCAGCGCUCGCUCGAGAAUGUGUAGCGCACGCAGGCGCCCUCAUUGGAAAGAUUCGACUGGCGCCUACUCUAUCGUGCUAUGACCCGUUCUGUCUGCUGAUAUCAGUCUUGUUUGUAUGGGCCUAUGAACGGCUGAAGCCGGAACAACAAGAGUGCGGGGGCACCAGCGGCACUGCAGUCGUUUUCAAGAUUGAUCAACCUGACCAAGACGAGAGCAUAAGAGAGCAAUGGAUCCACGGCGCUCCGGGCGUGGUGCUACACAUCACUGGCGUUGGUUUGUUGUCUAGCACGGGAGGCACGAGGCGCCUGCUGCAAGAGUACAUGCGUAUCAUCAGGGCAGGUAUUGGAUGGCCUACGCUGCGCAGGGGCUUGAUAGGUACUGUGAGACAGACUGCUAGUGGUGUCGCCCCCAUAAAGACGUCCCCGCCUCCGGAUGAAGCGUAG